AUGGCGAGCGAAGCCCAAUUCGAUGCCGCCCUAGACCUCCUCCGCCGCCUCUCCCCGCUCAAAGUGUCGGACAACUUGACGUCCAUCACCGCGCUCGUGCCCGACCUGACCGAAGACCUCCUCUCCUCCGUGGACCAGCCGCUGACGUCGGCACGCUGCAAAAAGACCGGCCGGGACUACCUGCUGUGCGACUACAACCGGGAUGGCGACUCGUACCGGAGUCCGUGGAGCAACGAGUUCGAACCGCCGCUAGACGACGCCACGUACCCGAGCGACCGGGUGCGCAAGAUGGAGGUCGAGGCGAACACGGCCUUCGAUGUGUACCGCCAGAUGUACUACGAGGGGGGCACCGGGUCGGUGUACCUGUGGGACCUGGACGACGGGUUCGCCGGCGUCGUGCUCCUGAAAAAGGCCGUGGGCAAGGAGGCUGGGUGGGAUAGUAUCCACGUGUUCGAGGUCGACGAGAGACGGGGCAGUGGGCGGACGUGUCACUACAAGCUGACCAGCACGGUGAUCUUGCACCUCGGGCGGGACAGUGAGGGACUCGGGUCGCUGAAUCUGUCCGGGAGCAUGACGAGACAAGUCGAGGCCGACCUGGUGGUGGAGAACGUUGGUGGCCAGGGCAAGGACGGAGGUCACGUAUGCAAUGCCGGGAGACUGAUCGAGGACAUGGAGGGCAAGAUGAGGAACAUGCUUCAAGAAGUCUAUUUCGGCAAGGCAAAGGACGUGGUGGGCGACCUGAGAAGCGUGGCUCCGUUGACGGGCGUCAACCGGGAACGACAGGCGCAGAGGGACGUGAUCUCCAGUAUGGGAGGCAAGUGA